CUCACUCCUACUGUCACUCUAGGAAUUGGCCAAGUGUAACCACUUCCUAAAGCGUAGUAUAGCGGGUUUGGGUUUUAAUGUCAACACGGGUCCUAGAUUCGAUGACUACUUGGUGAAUUCUUGUUAUCUAGCAAUGAAACUUUAGUGCAAGUCUAAACUAACAAACAAGCAAAGCAACUAAACGGUUGUUUUCAGGUUAAGAGAGGUCACCCGGAUAUGGUUCCCCCUAGAAUGCAGUUAAGCCGGAUUGCAAUUACCAAGUUCAGUUUCUAUGAUAGUUAUACUGCGGAAGGUUCUUAAGCAGUCUGAAGUCUCGACUAAAGGUCUCCAGACCCUCUCAAUCUGAGUCUCUAGCCGGCGAGUAACCUCCACCGGAGUAAACAGAUUGAGGCCCUAACGAACAAAACCUCCACUACCGAAGUGAAUUCGGUACAGAAUAGUGAGUUGGCUCCUCGACUAAAGUCACCAACUCCCUACCUUCAAUCAAGGAUGCUCUAUCAACCUAGGCAGAUAUUCUCAUUCUAGGUUAAAGCAGAAACAACAGGAAUUUGAUCAGGAUUCAAGCCAUUCAAUCAUUCAAACCUCAAUUGAAUAUAAUCAAAUCAUAGAAUCAGUACUUGGGUUCAUACAAUCAAACCUAACAUACAAAUCUAGGGUUCUCCAUACCCAGAUGAAUGGGAGAACUACUCCAUGGAGAAAGAAGCAAAAGCAGAAUCAGACGCGGAAAUCAUACUGUGAAGGAUGGAUUUCUGCUUCUGGACGUUGAUCGGCACUCCUCCAAGCUCAAGCCAAGCUCCAAUGGUGAUGAAGAUCAAACUAGGGCACUUGGGAACUCUUGUUCGUCGCUUUCUCUCUCUAGGAAUCGCUCUGUCUCUCUAAAACUCGAAUCCCCUUCUGUUUUGGCUGAAAUCUGCCUAAAAGGGCAUCACUGGGCAAAACACGGUCGAGGGCACGGCCGUGCUUUGCUCCAGCCCGCCCGUGCUUUGCCCCGGGUUAAAAACACGCCCGCGCGCGUCGGCCAAAACACGGUCGUGCCUAAAUCUGGGCACGGCCGUGUUUUGAUUUAGGCGCGCCCGUGUUUUUACUGACGAACUUGUGCCCCUAUAUUCAAUGCUUCGUUUCUCCCUUGUCCGGACUCCGAAUCAAUCGCCGUUUGAUCCCAGACGCUUGUAGUCUCGUCCUCUUUAUUUUCAUGACAAGCUUGCAUGAUUCUUUGUCCAUAAAUUGAGGUAGAAAUCCAUUCUUCUUCAGGUCAUGCCCGAGUUUCUUCUCCCGAAUCGCCAAUUGAUCUCUGAUUGACUUGAAACUUGCGCCUAUGCUUCACUUUAUGUGCUAGGACCUGAAAUGUGACAAAGGAACACAACCUAGCGUAAAUAGGCCAAAGACGCGAUAAUUAAAUCUCAAACGAUCAAGAAACGAAGGGGAAAACAUGUGCAAAUAUUGAGUCAUCAGUCCAUCAUCGAUCUUCACGAAUUACGACCAUUCACUCUUACAUCUCUACACACUCUACCAACCAAUAACUAAACUUCUUGCUCGUUUUUUUUUUCUUCGUAUGUGAAAGUAUCGUGUCUCCAAGAUCACGUUUUCUCACAAAUACUGAUCUGAAAAAUCCAAUCACCAUAGAUGUGAGCAUGAUUGUCAUUUUGGUGGCAUUCGGGCCAGUUGAAUAACCUGGUUUAACCAGUGUUGAUUAUAAACAUUACCGUAUGUCCGGCAUGAUCAAUUUACAAUCUCUAAGCAAAAUGACGUAGUUUUUAGUGACUUUAAUUAUUAAAAAUUUAAUUUAUAAUUUAUUUUACGAGUUUAAAAGUUAAAUAUUGAUAUUAUCUGUUGGAUUAAAGUAUAAAUUUUUAGGUAUUGC